UUUGUUAUCUAGUCAGCGUUCAAACUCUGCAGACCGCGUGGAAAUACUACAGAAGUGAGCGGUUUCCCGUGAAGAGAAAGCCAUCAAGAGAUGGUUACUCGAUCCAUUCUUACAGCUCCAUACGACGGAAAAUGGCAGAUCAGACUAAUGCUUAUUAAACCAGGCGGAACACACCGAGGCUCAGGCCGGGCAGAGAGGCGGAGUUCGGGACAGCCUGGAUGCACUGCACGGAGCCGCCGCCGUGCUCCGCCCUCAGCCCAGCGCCGGGCGGGUCCACGGUACCGGAGUGCUCCGCACGCCGCCCCUGUGGCAGCCGCUGCUGUGCGGGCCCCGACGCGCUGGGCCGCAGGAUCAAAGCUUUGUAUUUAAAAUGGAAGUUGAUGUGAAUGGAGUGUCCAGAACUGCCUACUCUGCCCUGCCUGUGCAUCUUGCAGAGGUGAGUUCUGCAGCCAGGAUUGAAGCAGAAAAGCCACGCUGUUCCAGCACCCCGUGCUCACCAUUGCGGCGAACAGUUGCAGGAUAUCAGAUCCUUCACAUGGAUUCUAACUACCUGGUUGGCUUCAAAACUGGUGAGGAGCUGCUAAAAUUAGCUCAUAAGUGUACGGGAAGUGAGGAGAACAAAGGAGAAUCUGGUCCUAGUUUGGGCUCCAAACAUCUUGAUUCAGGACUGCCACGUUCUUCGCGUUUGUACAAAACUAGAAGUAGGUACUAUCAGCCAUAUGAGAUCCCAGCAGUAAAUGGAAGGAGGAGGAGACGGAUGCCCAGCUCAGGGGAUAAAUACAAUAAAGCUUUACCAUAUGAACCUUGUAAGGCACUUUAUGGUCCCCUACCUGUCUGCCUUUUGAAAGGUAAAAGGUCUCAUUCAAAAUCCCUGGACUACCUCAAUUUAGACAAAAUGAGCAUUAAGGAAUCUGCUGACACAGAAGUGCUACAAUACCAACUCCAACACCUUACUCUUAGAGGGGAUCGUAUGUUUGCAAGGAAUAGCAUGUACAUACUUAAACCCCUUUAAACAGUUGAAAUUACUGGGAUAAAUAUGUGUGAAACUUGAAGAGUGUGGAGCCCACAGAUAUUUGUACAAUCUUUUUAUUGCUUGAAACUGACAUCAUUUGGAUCUCAGAAGAGAUAGCAGCAGAGAAGGAUUUGGCAAAGAUCACUCUCUAUCUGGGUGUAAUACGUGACAGUAGCCUGUCUGGGAAGGACAAUUACAACGUGUCCAGACUCCUGAGUGGAAUGUUUUCACCAAGUAUUUGAGAAUUAAAUGUGAUUACAUUGUGAAGGAUCUAUUUUAUAUGCAUCCCCAAAAUAAUAGCUACAAAACCCAAGGAUAUAUCCAUAUGAAAUAUUGAUUUUCUCAGAACAAAAUCCCUUCACCCCUGGAUUUAAUUCCUAUCUGCUCUGUUUGUGCUAAUCAAUUCUGUCUACAGCUAUUCAAGCAAUUAAUAAGAUAGAUUUCAUACACACAUAUGGUCUUGUAUGUAUCCUUUGGUCAUAACAAUAAACAGAAAAAGAAAGAUGAUAUAACAUUUCUGCAGAGAGGACUGGAAAGCUUUAUGAGACCUGCAGUACAUAACUUUCAUAGUACCUCAAUAGUACAUAAAUGUCAGGGCUACAAGGUGUGUAAUUAUGGUAUUCAUAACUGAAAUAUUUUCUCUUUUGGUCAAAAACAGAAGAAAUAUUAAAUAAUGGAUUAAACUUCUUGUUCCUCCUUCAGAGGCUUGGCUUCAAUGCUGUUUCUUGUUGUCUGCACAAGUAGCUGAUACCCAACUCACACUGCAUUUUAAUAUCUGUAAUCCUUCAGGCAUAAAUAUAUUUGUUCAUGACAUUUUUACUGCUGUUUCUCCACAUAGAGCAACAUUUCACAAUUGAGAGAGGUCUGUCAAACAGGCUGUACUGACUAACAGUAGCAAAUCUCAAGUCACUAUUCAGAAUUCAUACCUACAGGGCUAAGCACUGUAUUCUGAAUUCUGCUAGUUUAGAUUUGGUCAGCAUCUAUGUUUAAUUUAUUUUAGUUUCCUAUAUUUCCUGAGAAUAAACAAAGCUUUGGGUAUAUGAUUAGUAAGCUUUUCAUAGGGCGCAUUUAUACUCCAGAAGAAUUGCUAAUAUUUGUGAUCCUUUUUCAUUAUUUUGUGUCUGUAUUAAAAAUAUAUAUAAACUUACUCUAUGCAUUUAUAUUCUUAUAUUAACUGCAGCAAAUUCAGCUUCUUGGAAAACAAAAGUACUAUGCCAAAACAGAAAAUAAGACACAAUAAUAUAAGAUUGCUUACAAUGUAGGUAGAAAUUGUGACCUAUUUUAGCUUGUUAUAGUAGUACUAUGAGAAAAUUACUGAAGAUUAUAGGUCUACUUGUUAGAGAGGCCAAAUGUCUGCAACUCCUGUUGAUUCUUUCUGGGGUGGAUAUUCAGUACUCCCGUAAACCUGUCUCUUAAGUGUUUGCCACAGAUAUCUUUAAAAUAGUCAUUGCUUAUUUGGCAAGAACAUAAAUACGAGAAAAGUACUGGUAAUCUGCUCCAUAUAUUCCAGAAACAGACCAUCUGUUAGGUAUUGUCCUCCUAUGAUUCUGCAAGAGCUGUUAAUAAACAAACAUUCUUCCGUCCAAACCUCUGCUAUUAUUGCUGAUGAUGCUGUUACACAAAUAUGUUCUGGUGUGAUAAGGGGAUAUGUGAAUUGAAAAUCUCUUUUGAAACAGGAGAUGUUUAAUGUUUCCCAGUUUCAAUUUUGUUUUCAUAUAUGCUGCUCGCCUCACACAUUUAAAAA